AUGAUCUGGCAGCCUCUGAAUCUGACAGAGGCAUGUCCAGUUGACACGAAUGUCUCAUCAUGUUCACCAUUUGCAUAUGUGUACCUCAACUUGUUGGUUCAACUGUUUGGUGGUUCCAAAGACCUUAGAAUACAAGACAAGUUGAGAGAUCAGGAUGAGCAUGGCAGAAUAUUGAAGAACAUAGACCGAGAUACAUUUCGGGAGGACAACGACAGAGAAGAAUAUGAUUUCAUUGUGGUUGGCGCUGGAUCAGCUGGGUGUGUGGUGGCUAACAGAUUAUCAGCGAAUAGCAAAUGGAAGGUGCUCCUUUUAGAGGCUGGCGGAGAACAACCUGACGUGACUCUUGUACCAGCUCUAUGGCCAGCUUUACUCGGUUCCAAUAUUGACUGGCAGUACUCCACCGAGCCUGAUGGCAAGAGCUGUCUUGCGUAUCCUGAAGGACGAUGCGGCUGGCCGAGGGGCAAAAUGAUGGGUGGAUCUAGUUCUAUCAAUUCCAUGCUUUAUGUAAGAGGCAAUAGGCUUGACUACGAUGAGUGGGCAGCCCUUGGGAAUCAAGGAUGGAGUUACAAAGAUGUGCUGCCCUUCUUCAAGAAAUCGGAGAAAAAUUUGAAUAUCGAAGGUCUAAAUCGUAAAUACCACGGAGUCAACGGCGAACAAUCAGUCUCUCGGUAUCCUCAUGUAGACAUUAACAAUAUCAUGCUGGUUGACGCAUAUAACGAAAGAGGUUUGCCAUUAAUUGAUUAUAAUGGCGCUCGUCAACUUGGUGUAAUGCAAGCACAGACUAUUUCACAAGACGGCGAGAGAAAGUCCACUAAUAAUGCUUUCAUUCAGCCAAUACGAUACAAACGGAAAAACCUGAUUGUAAAAGUCCAGUCGGAAGUAAUAAAAAUACUUAUAGACGAAAAUAAAACUGCUUAUGGAGUUAAAUACAUCAGAAAUGGAAAAUCUCGUACCGCGUUUGCCAAAAAGGAAGUUAUUGUAAGCAGCGGUAGCAUAAAUUCUCCAAAGUUGUUAAUGUUAUCUGGUAUAGGACCUAAAGAACAUCUAUCAAGUUUGAAUAUAUCUAUCAAACAAGACUUACGUGUUGGGGAAAAUUUACAAGACCAUGUAAGCUUUAUUGGUCCCAUGGUAGGACUCUCCAAUAAAACAGCAACAGUCAUCACGCAGCCGGAACUUUUGGAAGAGUUGCUUAACUAUGCUAAAAUGGAAUUGAAGCAUGGGCCACUAGCAGCUAAUGGACUUGUCAACAUAGGAGUAUUUUUGAAAAGUGAUCAUUACCUGCCAGCUCCAGAUGUUCAAAUAUUAGUUCAAUAUGCAUUUGCUGAAGAACUUGUGAAUGAUCCCGUCACUGCUCAGUCAUCAAAGGUAUAUCCUACAAGUUUCUAUGAUAGUGGAUAUUCGAUAAUUAUAAAUUUAACUCCUAAAAGUCGAGGGAAAUUAUUGCUGAAUCCUGAAAAUCCUGAAGGUCCUGUAUUAAUUUAUCCAAACUACUUUGGAGAUCCAAGAGAUAUUAUUCCUUUAGUUAAGGGUACAAAAUAUUUUCUAUCACUGGAGAGUACGAAAGCUUUCAAAGAUAAAGGAGCUACUUUAAUAAGAAAGCCCCUACCAGCAUGCAAAGGUCAUCCUUGGGGUACUGAUGAAUAUAUUAUAUGCCUAAUCAGAAAUUAUACUUUUUCAACUUUCCAUCCUGUUGGCACUUGUAAAAUGGGACCAAAGUGGGACGUGAACGCGGUAGUGAACCCUAGACUACAAGUGUACGGCAUCUCAGGCCUUAGAGUUAUAGAUGCUUCUAUAAUGCCGCUAAUAGUUCGUGGCAACACGAAUGCACCAUCUAUAAUGAUUGGUGAAAAAGGAGCAAAUUUAAUUUAUGAAGAUUGGCUAAUUUAUUGA